GACGGGAGGCGGGGCUGCGAGCUCCGCCUGCCCUAACACACCGGCGGGGUGGCCCCGCGAGAGGCUGGCGGGCGCUGGGCCCAGCCAGGAGCUGCAGCCCUGUCCUCGCGCGAUCGCCGGGCGGGGCGUGGGUGCGGCCUUCUGCGGGCCCUAGAUGCGGUUGAGGCCGCGCGGGCCAGAGAGGAGCCCGGCCCGGCGGCGGGCGCGGUAGGAGGCGGCAGGGCCGCGGGCCCGGGCCGGUGACUGCGGCGCCCCUACGAUGGACGCCCUAGAAGAAGAGAGCUUCGCGCUGUCCUUCUCCUCCGCCUCUGAUGCAGAAUUUGAUGCUGUGGUUGGAUGUUUAGAGGACAUUAUUAUGGAUGAUGAGUUCCAGUUAUUGCAGAGAAACUUCAUGGACAAGUACUACCAGGAAUUUGAAGACACAGAAGAGAAUAAACUCACCUAUACACCCAUAUUUAAUGAAUAUAUCUCCCUGGUAGAGAAGUACAUUGAAGAACAGUUGCUGGAGCGUAUCCCAGGCUUCAACAUGGCGGCCUUCACAACCACACUGCAGCACCACAAAGAUGAGGUGGCUGGUGACAUCUUUGACAUGCUGCUUACAUUCACGGAUUUUCUGGCUUUCAAGGAGAUGUUCCUGGACUACAGAGCAGAAAAGGAAGGCCGAGGACUGGACUUAAGCAGCGGCUUGGUUGUGACUUCUCUGUGUAAGUCAUCUUCUACGCCAGCUUCCCAGAACAACCUGCGGCACUAGGUCCCACCUUCACACAACCGGUGUGAUUGACAUGAGUUCACCAGACCAGCAGGCUCCGAGAAACAUGGGCUAAUGAUGACAGGUGUAUCCUGCAAAGACCCACUGUGCCACAGCCCUUUGUUCAUGUGAAGUAUUGAUGAGUCCUGGAAAAUACGACUGACCUUGCUGGCCCUUGUCCAGAAACUCCUUCCCUUAGUCCGUUACCCUCAUGUUCCCUGCUCCAGGUGCUUCUGAGUGGCUCCUCAGGCACAGGCCUGGGUUGGCCACCUCACCUGGGGGCUAUCCUCCAGCAACAUGGUAGUGUAGUGUGUCAACAGUGUGGACACCACACUGUUAUGAGCCCUUCAUCCCGCAGGCUUUAGUGAGUAUUUGUUCUCCCAGUUUUCACCUGGGUCCCUUCAGGCCUCAGCCUCAAUGGGGCUUUUGUUUGGGCAUGUUGAUCUAGGGAGUUACAGACCAGCUGUCUGCCCUGGUUUCUGAAUCUCCUGCGAUUACAGCUUGACUGGCUGUGGGGAUCCACUGAGAGAGCUGCCCUUUACCCACAUGUGAAGAUAAACUCCCAACCUUACAUUAGCAAUCCUUUCACCAGUGAGUCCUGCUGGUCUUGAUGUAGCCCUACUGUUCUCUAUGACUCUAAGCAUUAUUUUUAAGAAACUUAUUUUUAUAGAUGAAAACUCAGGCUAACCUAGUGAGUAUGAUCUUGGGAUGCCCAUGAUCAACCACUUAAAGAUCAAAGUAUUAUAUGCUGUGUGCUUUGUAGCUGUGAGUGUUGCGAGUGCAAAUGUGCUUUCCGAUGGGUUCUCCUUGCUGGGCACCAGAACAAACAGGCUGUGUGUUAGAAGUGGAGCNUGGCUCUGUCAGGGCAGCAUGCGAGGUGUGCUUGUGCAUGCGAGGUGUGCAGUCCUUCGUGUAGGCCAGUGAGCUGGGGUGGGGGUUAUUGGGGGGUAGGGACUCUGCUGUUUGUUUUCAUACAAUCUCUCCUGCUAAGUUGAUGCUCCCCUGAUCCAGCUCAGCCUGGGGGUGGGGGUGGGUGGCAGGACACAGAUUUCUGGUCCUCUGUCAUCUUUGGUGGACUGCCACCAAACAGAAAGCAUGUGUAUCACAUCUCUAGGAAGAAGAAGAAAACAGUUCAAGUCCUAAUGCAUACUUGUGACUUUAACUUUUAUAGUAAACAGACUCCGUGCUGACUUUCCAUGUGACCAUUUGACUUUAAGGGAUAUAGGCUAAGCUCCGUGGUUUUUUUCUGUAGCUGUGUGUCACUUAGUACUUUUGUAAAAUGAGUAAAAUUUGAGGUGUUUGGCAAGAAUAAUCA